CAUCGGUGUCCAUGGGUACACCAUGGGUCCAUGUGCUUCCGUGGGACUUUUUCCCACCGCCACCAUGACAUACGCCCUUCGAAGCACUGCCAGUAGCUCCUGCUGGAACACCCUGUUCCGCUCUUGUGCUCGCCGCUCCCUUUUUUCCACCAGUAUACAUCUCAAGGAUGCCCCCACGCCUGUCCCCCCUCACAUGGUUGUCAGCCUGUCAACGCUCGCAGAUCUGGAUGGAAUCCCUCGCAGAAAGCUUCACAUUGGCAACCUUCCACACGGGUUCGAACAGGGGCGUCUCGAGGAGCUCUUGAAGCGCAAGAUCGGUCGCACGGACCACUUUCUUCGUCUCGAGAGCGAACCUCGAGGAACAACUGAAGCAGCGAUCGUCCGCAUGACCGAUAUCGUGCACGCGCGUAAAGCCGUGGAAAAGAACUUGAAACUGCACUUCGAGGACCGACCGCUCAGCAUCUCGUUUUCCAAGCUCCCGUCCAACGACACGCCGCUCGCAUCACGGGUGCUCCUCUCGCCUCUCCCGGGGACCACCACCGAUCACGACUUGUGGGCGUUCUGUGCAACUCAGACUGCUCUCCGGGGGAUCAACCUGCGCGACAUACGCAUCAGGCAGAGUGUGCGCGACACGUCCCGGUACAUCGGCGUGCUGUUCUUCGCUUCUAUCGAGGAUGCUGUGAGGGCGUAUGUGCGCAUGAUGGACGAGCCGCUGCAGCUGGGCGGCCAGGAGCUGCGGGCCCAUUUUCACUAUACGCACGGUGCGGACGAACGGCCAGUACGGGAGAUGUUGGACCCCACGCGCUCGUUGUACUUCUAUCACUAUCACGGUACUCGGAAGGCCCUCGAGCACAAAUUGAAGAAGUGGGCCAAUGGGCGGGUCCAUUACAAUCUCACGUUUAUGAAAGCACCCGAAACAGGGACUGACAACGGAUCUGGCUUCAUCCAAUUCUUCACCGUCAAUCAAGCUACAAAGGCCUUGCAGCAGCUCCGAGGCACGAUUGUUGAUGGACAAGUACUCAAAGUGCAUUACGCCAAUAAUGCAAACAGAACUCGCCCAUAGUCCGGAUGGUGGAUCGCUGACGGUCCUGAUAGAGGCCAACACUACUACCAAUACUAUGUACUACUACUACUACUACUACUACUACUACUACUACUACUAAUGCAAUGUACAGUAUAUGUAUAUACCACACCGCGUAUGACUAUCGAACACCUGAUUUCCGUGGUUUCCUGAACCGAAAUGCAAAAACGGUGGGAGGCGGGACGACCCGAUCGGUCGCUGCCAACUGCUUGAGCUGCAGGAACUUGGGCUGGGGAGGAGACGUCACGCGCCCAAGCCUCGAUUUGAGUGCAGUGACUUGUCGCUCGAGCGCUUCGAUCCUCGCACGCAGGAUCUCGUUCUCUCCUUCUAAAACAGCCGAACCCACCCCCGCUUGCACUCCCAUCUCUUUGUAAACUGGCCUCGGUGUUUCCUUGACGCGACGCUUCAGCACUACUGGUGCUUUUACUUGGGUCCGGAAUGACGACUCGGAAAAC